AUGACGAUCAAAUUUACCGUAUACAAAGGCUCCAAGGAAGGAAUAAAACAAGCGCAAACCGAGCGGAAAGACCUUGAGCACGAUGAUGUCCUCAUACGAACCACGCACUCGGGAGUGUGCGGCACGGACGUCCACUACCAAUCCACUGAUAUGGCCCUUGGCCAUGAGGGAACGGGUGUGGUGGAAGCAACUGGACCAGAUGUGAAGCUUUUGAAGAAAGGUGAUCGCGUGGGCUGGGGUUAUGAGCAUGACUGCUGUGGUACCUGCAAACAAUGCCUCACCGGAUGGGAGACAUUGUGCAGGGAGCGAAAGAUGUACGGCCUGGACGCUCUCGAUCAGGGAUCUUUCGGCACACAUGCUGUGUGGCGUGAGGCCUUUUUGUUCAAGAUCCCCGAAAAUAUGAGCAACGAGGAUGCGGGACCCUUGAUGUGUGGUGGAUCAACUGUUUUCAACGCCCUCCACGUCGCAGAGGUUCGUCCAACCGCGCGCGUUGGUAUUGUCGGAGUCGGCGGUCUGGGACAUCUGGCUAUCCAGUUCGCCGCAAAGAUGGGCUGUCAAGUCGUCGUCUUCUCCGGGACAGAUAGUAAGAAGAAUGAGGCGAUGAAGCUGGGAGCCUGCGAAUUUUAUGCCACCAAGGGUGCGAAGGAGUUGAAGGUUAAAGCCCCAAUCGAUAAUCUCAUUGUGACGACUAGCAGUCAGCCCGAUUGGCCACUCUACUUGAAUAUCAUGGCCCCCGGUAGUGUCAUUUCGCCUCUGUCCGUCGAUUCGAACGAUCUCAAAAUCCCAUAUAUGCCUCUGCUCUCGAAUGGCCUUCGGAUUCAGGGAGGUAUCGUGGCUUCGAGACAGGUCCACAAAGAUAUGCUUGAGUUUGCUGCAUUCCACAACAUCAAGCCGGUCAAGAUGACUUUCCCUUUGACGUUGGAUGGCGUUAAACAAGCCUUGAAGACACUCGAUGAUGGGAAAAUGCGCUAUCGCGGCGUUUUGGUGGCACCCUAG